CGAGGAAGAGGGGCUGUUGUUGCAGCAGGUCUUUCUCACAUUUUGACAGAGACGCACACAGAUUGAAAUCAUGCCGUUCAUAAAUGUAGAAACUAAUUUACCUGCAAGCAAGUUUCCAGAAGACUUUCUGAAAAGACUAUGUUCUACAUUGGCUGCAGCUUUGGGGAAGCCGGAAGACAGGAUGAAUCUGGUGGUAAAGGCUGACCUGCCGAUGCUGAUCGCGGGGUCCAGCUCCCCAUGUGUGUUGAUGACCGUGUCAGCCAUUGGAGUGACCGAUACAGCGGAGAAAAAUAAGCAGCAUAGCGCUAAAAUAUUCCAGUUCCUACAAGGAGAAUUUGGGCUGAGCGAUGACCGGAUUUUGGUGUUGUUUUACCCUCUGGAGCCAUCACAGAUUGGGAAAAAGGGAACAGUUAUGAGCUUCCUAUAAGACUCAACAUUCCUUGUGGAAGUGAAUACUUAUUAUGUGAUUCCUGUUUGAGAUCCAGCUAGUGGAACAUGCAUUGCAGUAUAGGCAGGUUAUGUUCUUAUAGGAUUUAAAAUAUUUGGCAUUUAACCCAAGCUAUUUUUCCUUAAAUUAAUUUGGUGAUUUGACAAUAAUUGUUUUACUGUUAAGUUAAAAAUAAUGCAUUUAGCAUUUGGUAUCAGAUCAAACAGAGGGUGAGCUGUGUCUGUUUUUAGACAAUAAUGAAAGUAAUAUUGAUGAAAUCAGUAUAUGAGAGAAUAAUUUAUCUACAAUUAUUUUUUUUUCUAGAUAAAGUACACACUUCACAUCAAUCAGAUCUGUUCAAUCAAAACAUGAAUCCUCUUAUUGCCAGCUCACUAAAGCCAUUGAAAAUAUCUUAAAUCACUGGAAACAGUAUGCGUCUGAAUGAGGUUUGAUUUGCACAUUAUCUUCAGCGAAAGACAUUACUUGUAAACACAUUUGCUCUGAUGUAGCAGAAUGAAAGUGCACACUUACACAAUGUAUUUUAUCUCUAUUUGUUAUCAACUACAUUGAUACAGCCUUUCAAAUGAGUUAAUAGAAAAUAAAAAAAUCCUCUUAAAUAAAA